AUGACGGAGCCCUUGUCACCUCCUGAUAUUCCUACUACUUCUGAUCUGGGGCUUAUGGCAUACAACAUCCGGGUCCUGGAUAUCCGAGAUCGUAUCCAGAGACUCUCUCACACGAUAACACACCGUCGAAAACCACUUCCAGAAUGCAUCGAGCAGUUGAAAGGUCUUGCUGAUGAGCUCGAUAACUUACGCCGUUUACUACCACAACACUAUCACUUCGACAAGAAGAAUCUCUUCCUUCGCGCAUAUACUCCGCAAAGAACAUCAUUUGUCAUGUUUCAUGCGUGGUGGCACCAAUGCCAGUGCGAUAUGUACCGAUUUACUAUUCCCGGCUUCCGGGAAGGGCUCCCUUUCGAAGACCUGCAAAGUCUAUCACCAGAAUUUGUCGCCUAUUGCAGAGAUCGCUGCCUUGAGCACGCGCUAGCUGUGUCGGACAUCAUGGCUACAGUAACUGAAAUGGGGAAGGACAUCUUCAUUACUGACCCGUCCCUCGCGAUGUGCGCCUUCCACUCCGCACGCGUCAUCUCCCGCCUCGGCUCACCAGAAUUCUCACGCUUACCAAGAGCAUUAUUGUUAGCCAAGCUUCAAGCUUGCUCGGAUAUCCUCGAAACUCCCUCCGAAGUUUACCCAACGACUAAGUUGCUUCGAGGUGGUAUAUCGGAUCUGAUCCACGAUGCCGAGCGGGAUUCUGGUGACUCUAGCCCAAUGAGGUCCGGCUGGGACUUAGAGAAGCCCCAUGAACAUGCCGGCGAGGUUGCUUCUGUGCCGGAUAGUACCGGCAGGGGCUCACGUGAAGUGUACUCCAAAUACAGCGUGACGGAUGAAAUACGAAAGCUUAAGUUUCAACAAGAUGGAGAAGAUAAUGUGCAGCCAUACCUGGACGACAGUCGGGAGACGAGAGAUCAGCAUGAUAUGACUCAUCCACAUGCCUUCGGGAUGCCCGACAUCUCCAAGCCCGACGGCGCUCAGUCCUACAUGGCGAUGCAGCAAGAUAUGACAGGGAAUUCGGUUGGGUUCCCGCCUGCUGGAUUUGGAGGCAACACUGCGGUGUACGAUGUUUCCAUGACACUGGGAUUUGAGCCAAGUUAUGAUGAAUGCCAGCCAGAUCUGUUCUUGGACUCAUUUAUGCCGCUUCAGACCGACUGGAAUAUGGCCGAUCCUGGGUGCUUUUGA